UUAACAAGCAAAUGGGGGUGAAAAAGAAGAAUGAGCAACAACGCUACGCUUGUUUGUGUUCCAUCGUACACUCACGAAAAUUUUACAAAUUGUACAGUAUAAAGUAAUCGAGCAGUAUUUAGUUAGUAAAAGCAAAACAAAUCACGAAAUGCCCAAACCAAAGGCAAAAGCGAAGCCAAAAUCCAAAGCGGCGGCAGCAGCCGCAUCAAAAAGGGAGGCGACCAAGAACAACAAUGCCGUUUCGGCCGAAAAGGAAAACGAAAUGGAGAUCAGUGAUCCGACCUCCGUUCCCAUCCGGGAACAAUGCAGAGGAGGCGCGGAAUCCAUGUACACAAUAAUGCGUCACGCGGAACUCAAGGAGUCACUCCACAAGCGCUACGAAAAGGAGCUGCAGCAACUGUACUCGAGGAUGGGCCACCAAGAGUUUCUGAACACAUUCAUCAAUGUGCUGAAGACUGUACUCGAGGCGGAGGAGAGCAACGAGAACGGUAACAAGGCCCUGUCCUUUUGCGCGAAAUUCGUGACCAGCUUCGAGUCGGAGAAGACGCACCCCAUGAUGACUGAAACAUUCCACUGGCUGUUGACUACAUAUUCCAGCAGUCCGCACGUUCGCUAUCGGAUUUGCUACUUUGUGAAUCUGAUACUUGAGACACUGGGACCCAAUGCGGCACUCGACGACACGCAGUGCGACGAGAUUAUCGAGACUAUGCUGGAGCGCGUGAAGGACGUGUCGGCCGGUGGGCGCAAGCAAGCAGUCCUGGCCAUGCAGCGUCUCCAGAUUCCGGACAAUCCCGUCGAUCCAGUUGUCUGCGCCUAUUAGUUCCAUCUGUCUGCGGAUCCCUUG